AUGCUCGACGCUGAUGAGGCCUACUACAAGGAGCACGGUGAGCCUUUGUUUUCUUCCCACAUGAUCGACUUGUCUGAGGAGGACCACGCUUCCAACAUUGCCACCACCAAGAAGUACUUCGAGCGUGCUGCCAAGAUGAACCAAUGGCUUGAGAUGGAAAUUGGUAUCACUGGUGGUGAGGAAGAUGGUGUCGAUAACUCUGGUGUUGAUUCUUCCAGACUCUACACCCAACCCGAGGACAUUUUCGAGGUUUACAAGGCCCUUUCCUCUGUCUCCCCUAACUUUUCUAUUGCCGCUGCUUUUGGUAAUGUCCACGGUGUCUACAAGCCAGGUAACGUCAAGUUGAGACCCGAGCUCCUCGGAAACCACCAAGAAUAUGCUAAGAAGCAACUUAACAACGGUAAGGAAUUCCCUCUUUACCUUGUUUUCCAUGGUGGUUCUGGCUCUUCGCAAGAAGAAUUUAACACUGCUAUUGAACGUGGUGUUGUUAAGGUCAACAUUGAUACUGAUACUCAAUACGCUUACUUGAUUGGUAUCCGUGACUACGUUCUUAAGAAGAAGGACUACAUCAUGUCUCAAGUUGGUAACCCUGACGGUGAGGACAAGCCCAACAAGAAGUACUUCGACCCCAGAGUUUGGGUUCGUGAAGGUGAGAAGACCAUGUCUGCUCGUAUCAAGGAGUCUCUUGAGAUCUUCCACACUGUCAACCAAAUUUAA